AUGGCAGAUGGAGAUGGGCAAGGCUGUUCCUCAUCGGCUACCAGUACAACACGAACUCGAAAGGCUCGGCCCGAUAUUCAAAUUUAUCGCCCAGCUUCACCUGGACCUUUUGAAGACUGUGGUGAUUCUGGAAGCACGACACCUGAUGCGUCAAUAUCUAAUGAGCAGCACGAUAGUCCCAAGAAACUGGUCAAUUCACGAGGUUUUUUUCGUAGUGGACGAUUCUCUGCCGAUAAAAAGGUUUGCAAUUUGAACGACUUCAAUAUGACGGCCUCUGUCCGGAAGAGAAAUACUGGAGACUAUAGUGAUAGACAGGAUUCUCGAAUUUCAUCAGCACAGAAGAAUCGUCAGGUCACCGGCUGUGGCAUUUCGAGCCCAAACCAUUCCUAUAAUUCCACACAAUCGUUAUACGAUCCACAGCAAUCGGAGGGCUACUUGGAUUUUCGGUCGAGCUUUAGACGACGUCAAGGAACUUUGAACAUUGGCAAGGCUCCAUCACCCGUACGGUUCCGUCGAAAAUCCCAACAACAUACGGAGCGUUCAUCAAUGCGAGCUGAAGGUGGACGACGAAAUGUAGCUCAUCGGAAGCGUAACGACUCACUUAACAGUACUCAGAGUGAAUGCCUGGCACAGUUACCAGAUCGGUCGGCGGUCGAUGCAACUAGUGAGACGCAAAGUGUCGCAGAUGAUGCAAUAUCAUCAUCUUUAUCUUAUAUGCAAUUAUGCCAAUCUUUUGAGUCUCUUGGCUCAUUCGACUGGAGCAAAGAAGUGGAAUCUGAGUACAAUGCAAAACACAGUGAAGAAGCAGGAAAAAAACAACCCACCGAAAGCAAGAAAACGACAACCUUAUCAUCAGAACCACAAAAAGUGACAGAUUUUCCAGUAUAUCGUGAGAUCUCAAACAAUCAAGGCCCAAUAAUGCAGAAGAUCAACGAUUCAAUAACAUCUCUGCUUCUUCGUGUGCAAAAGAGGGAUAUCAAGGCUGCAGAGAAAGUUGUAGAGUUGAGCGGUGAAUUAUGUGAAAUGUACUACAAAUUGCUGCCACGGGACAUCUCUUUUACGUUCACGAUGAAUCUUGAGCAGCAUUUGUGGAAACAAGCCUUCUACAAACCUAUUGAGGUGUUCAAAUCGGUUGUUAAUUCCUCGAAAGAUUGCACGCGAGCGUUCCGUGCUGCCCUGCUUUCAUUGCUCAACAACGGUAUUUCUUUCUACAUGCGUGUUAUUGAUCUCUAUGAAAAGGAAUUGCACGUGGAUUUGCAGAAGCUCAUUCUUUUCUCUUUUGAUCAAAACGAAGCGUUUUGGGACGUUUGUCAUCGGCCAAACCACGAUUCGGGACGUAAGGGUCAUGCGUUAGAUGAAAUUUUCUAUUGCGUUCGUGCUCUUUCGGCUGGUCAUCCGUUCGAAGUUGCUCGUGAUCGACUUUGCGCUCGUUUGGCAGCUAUGAAGCGAAAGGUAGAUAAAUAUGAACCGUUGCUCGACCAUGAAUGUGGAGAAGUUAAAGAAGAUGCUGAAUUGGCGGCGAGUGCAGACAGGCCAUAUGAGCUCUGGCUAGACAAUGAAGGCUCAGAUAUCGAAACGAACGAAGAAGAUGCACAUAUUUUUCGGUCGUUCCUGGAGCAACAACCUAGCAAAUUGGCAGCAUUGGUUGAACAGGAAAGCUCUCCAGUUACAGCCGGACAACUCAUUCAGAUCGUGGCGUUAUUUAUUUAUGCUGUACACUGCAAUGCAAUCGUUGGAGACGAAGACGUAUGCAGUGUUCAGCAACAACAAGCGGUGCGUGCGCUUGUCACUGUGUUUGGUGCACUAUUGCGAGUAAUUAGUUUACGACGUGAGCACAUCUCCACAUGGAUAAAAAAGCCUCUAGAAGUUCCAUAUGUGAUAUCUCGAGUUUUACCAGCUGUAUGUGUGCUUUGUGAAUGGUUCUCAUGUCCAAUAGCUUCGGCAAUUUAUCGUACGAUGCCGUCUGUAGAGCCGCUAUCACUAUCCAUUGUUGAAAUUGACACAUGGCACUUACUGGCAGAGAUUGCGAAUGAACUUAUUCGAUGGCAAGACAGUGGUCAAUUGGCGAAAAUAAUGAGUAGCACAGACACAAGUCAUUCGUGCAUUCUUCCUGAGCUGGCUUUUAUUUCGUCGUUUUCAAGUGUGUUUCCUCCGUUUCCACGGAUACUUAAUUAUACAUGUCCGUCCGCCGAUUCAGUAGAAACGAAAUCAUCUGGUAUUUCGCCGCCAUCGAGCAGAGAGGAACUGUUGGAGAGGGAGCUAAAGAAACAUGAACAGUUGUUAGUGGUGAAGCCUUACUAUGUGGUAAUUGAUACGAAUGCGUUUAUCGACCAACUAUGCGCAAUUCAGAAAAUUCUACAGUGUGAACGAUUCCGAGUGCUGAUUCCAACAACCGUGGUGGAAGAACUUAUCGAACUACAGCAUGGUGAGCAAGGUAGUUCUGGUGUUGAAGCCGUUACAGAAGGUGCUCGCCAAGCUAUGAUAUGGCUUCGCGAGCAGACACGGCAAAAGAAAACUUCUCGAUUGUUCACGUUAACUAUGCGAGGGAAGCGUCUACCGAUCGCUGUGGUCCGUGAAAGAGCUGGUGAUGACGGUGACUUGGUGAAUGACGACCGUAUUUUGCAUUCGUGUUUGAAUUUCACUCAAUUAGAGCCGGCUCCAGAUGGCACAUUCAGCAAUUUCAAAGUGCCACAAGGUCGAGAAAUCCCAAUUAUCUAUCGCAACUUGGUUCUGUUAACCGACGAUCGGGUGCUGAACAUGAAAGCGAUGAGCCAGCAUAUACCAUGUCGAACUGUAACGCGUUUUAUGAAGUGGGCAAAGAUCCCCUAG